CCUUUUAAAUAGCGCGCGCUUUGAUUCACACCUAGGUUCCUGCCUGGAGGUAUUGGUGAUCCACUGCUACUAGACACGAAAGCCCGUUAAGCGAAAGCUUCUAUCCCUUCCACAACCAUUUGAAUCAUUCGAACCACUUGCCCCUUUACUGCCCGGCACUUUUGGAAAAUGACCAAAAAGUCAAGGGAUGACCUCCUAAGCUUUCUCAAGGCUGUCGGCAAAAACUAUGAAUCAAGAAAUUUUCUUGAGAAGGACAAUGAAUUCUCAUCAGUAGUUAGUGAUUUAGUGUUUGAACUGGGAAAAUCUCACGAUGUCUCUUCGAAUGUUUAUCCACUUACAGAUGAGUAUGAAUAUGCCAAUUUCGCAAGCGGCUUGGAAAAGUUUCUGAUAUCUUAUGGUUGUCCAUAUUCAGCGCUAACGGAAGGACCUAUUUGUGACCGCUUUUCUUCUGUUAAAAAUCGUAGUUUGCUUUUACAAUAUCUAUGUUCGGAGAUAAUGGCUACUAGACAAUUGUCUACAUUGAAGUCUGUUGGUAAACAAAGUAAUGAACAUCAUCUCAUGGAUGUGGAUAGUUCAGAGGAUAAUGUAGAAAUUCUAUCCUGUUUGCAGAAAGCGUUUAAAGCUCUUGGCUUAAAAAUGCCUCCUGAUGACUCAGCAUCUACUGUAAUAUAUUCUUGUCUUCAAAAAGGUAUAUCCGAUAGUCUUUCAAGAUGCCCACCCAAUCAUAUGGGGAAAUCAAUUAUCCCACUGACUGGUAUUAGUGAUCGUCAAUGGUCACAGAUAAUACGUAUCGCAGCAUUACUACAACAACAAUAUUCCAGUCGCCAAGCUACUCUUUUAAAACGUUUAGAUGUUACUGUACAAAGUUUCAAAUGGUCAGAUAAAGCGAAAUCUAGUUUAGACAAAAUCACUACUGUAUAUAAUCAAAUCCGUGAGAGAAUGGGUCUAAUUCCAUAUCCUGGCAUUCCUAAUGUCUUAGCUGUACGUGACAACAUGAUAUUACAAAUUGAAAAGACGAGCGGUACCAAUGCACGUCGUUAUACAUCAUGUGAACUGAACAAAAUUUUAAUUGGUAAAGUGGUAGAGCAUGGGAAUUGGAGCCUCCUCCACCUGAAAUGCCUGCUUUUAAACAACGUCAACCAGAUAGGGGUGGUGGUACACAGAGAGGUAGUCGCGGUGGUGGUGGCGACGGCCAUUAUGGCGGUCGUGGGGGUUUUCAGGGUGGUAAUAGUGGUUAUAGUUGUGAUGGAUCUUGGAAUGGUGGAAGAUGUGUUGUUGGCAGCAAUAUCAGUAGCAGAGGAGUUGGUGGUGGUUAUGCUCAAAUGUAUGGUCAGACGACGCCAUACAUGAGCAAUGGAAGAGGUGUAGCAUUGGGUGAUGGUUAUGUGACUGAUCCGUAUCAAAUGGCUUCAAUCAACCAACAAAUGGGUGGUAUGAUGUUAUUUGAGCCUGGCUUAUCUUCUGCUUCACAUCAAGAUUUUGUCUUUCAAGUAAGGGAUUGUAACAUUGUUGCUAUUAUUAUAUUGACCCCCUAUCCACAAUAAUACUGUGAUGGUUUCAGAUCGAAAUAAAUGGUGACUUUAGUGUCCAGAGGAAACGAUUGGUUUAUAACCAACAGGUGUGACAUUCAAAUCCCCAACUUUUAUCUACUUUAGUUUGGACAAAUGGGUGGUAUAAUUAGUCUUUAUAAACGCAGAUGGUACGUGACUGAAAGUCGACUGCAAAGAGCUGCAUUAUUUGUGUUGCCAUCGAUCGACCAAAUAUAUCAUAAUUUCGUGCUUAUAAAUGUUGUAUAUUCCCAAUUUGAAGCACAUGAACUUGGUGUGAGUGUGACUAGUCACAAAAUUUAACUAGCAGACCAUGUGACAUUUAACUAAGUUGUUGUGUACCACUAUCAUACAGAGCACUACGUGAACCCAUCAGUGUUUUCUAGUACGAUUUUCCAUGGAAGGUUUUCACAGUCGAUUUUGUGUUCUGGUUGUCGAUAAGGAGGUGUUAAUCGAAAGUUAAAUCAAAUGACUUUGGACUAACCGUUACGUAAUAACGGUUGGAUAAAAUUGUGAGCAAAUCCAUGAUAUCAUUUUGCUUGGUAUUCGUCAUCAAUGUACAUCUAGAUUACCGAAGGAGCCGAGACUCUCCACAGGAUUACAACCCACAUCAAUGCAGAUAAAUAUAGUCCACAAAAUAAACGUCAACAAAGAUUAUGUAAUAGGCAGUCUUAGUAGUAUUGAUCACCGUACAACAAACUAAAUGUUGAUUUGUAAAGAAUCAGUUCGAAGUUUCAGAAUUACGGAAUGUCUAUAAGGUUCAGGAUGUACAGAAACGAUAACCUCUAUCCUACUGAGACCACUUGUGAGCUAUAGAGUACGACUAUCGCGCUUAACCGAUACAGGAUACCUACACCUCAUAACGCACUUCAAGCCAAAUGUCUGUGAUUUCGAAAAUCAACGCCGCGUUUUCAUUUGGCCAUUACGGGUCUUUCGCUAAAUUCCUCUUGUGUUAAUCAUCACUAUUACACGUCGCACUAGGCAGUGACUAACGUUUAGUAACAACUUGUCCUGAGUUGGACUACAGUUUGUAAAUAAAUCAUCUUCGAAUGCAAAUCAACGGUCAAAGACGUGAUUUGAAUGACAACAUAGACUCGUUUAUUGGGUCGUCUCGAAGUCAAUAAACGUUUGUCUGUAGCCUCGAUCAAGAGAUUACACUAGGAUAUAAACUGUGAAUUUUGUUAGUAAUGUAUUGGACAUACAAUGAAAUAAGUGGUUGAACUAGUUGGGUUUUUCUUGAGGUACCAAUCAAGAAUAUUUUUGUUGGUUCAGUUUGCUGUUUAACUGUUCUGUUAUUUCAAACAUACAAAUCUUUAUUCGUUGACUGGUGAAACAGUAUCUGAGUAUUGUAGUGUUAAAUUAUGUUUUCUCAUUCGUCAACUCAUGUCAGUUGGUACUUGAAUGUCACGCAGAAAAAAACUAGAGGAUCAAUUGGGUUUUGUGGCUUGUGCAGAGUUCCCUAACUGCAUUUGAAGCUGUAAUAUAUUGGUUUUAAGUUUCCACUCUCAACCGCCUUGUCAAUAGGUUUCAAUCCUGAUUAACUUAUCAGAGAUUCGGCUGCUAGGUCGUCAUAGCAUUUCAUCAGUGAUUAGAUUAGCUCCUAAAUAACAUACAAUUGCCAAACUGGUCAAAUUUAAAUUUGCGCAUUCGCAAUUACCUAGAUAAAGACAUCCACUUCUCUGUGACACACCAUAGCAACUUUGUAUUUUGAUAAUAAGAGAAUUGCUUUGUUUGUAAUAUUAGUAUCAAUCAUUGGAGGUGACACCAUUUUCGCAAAGCGUCAAAAAUACACAACUGUCUUUCUAAACGUAGAACUAGUUUCCUGAGCAUACCGAACGACAACUUCAACUAUCGACAUCGUUUUGCAUCUACAAAAAGGCAAACUGGGGUUCAUAAUACAAUGUCUAUUUUACUCAUUGUUAGUGAGUCUUUUAAUUGGUGCAUUUACCGUUAAUGAUGAUAAUCUAUUAUACUUAAGCGUCAUUUCGUUGGAUUUUGUCAUUUAACUAUUUUAUAUUGUACAUAAUAAUGCACUUCAUUUGAAGACUCACAUUAUAAAGCUAUUUCCGUCACUCUGUCACUGGGGUUUGAUGUGAGUAGUAACUUCAUAUUACACAGAUACGCAAAAGGUUUUGUUUAAUAAGGUGACAACACUGAAUAAUGUGUUUGGUAUAUUUUACAACACAGCUCACCUUACUAUGUAUUUUUAUUUUAGACUGAAUUCAAAGCAGAGAGAACUUUAGUAACGACAAUAUAAAACAUAAUAUCAACUUUUGUAACCACUUACUACUAACAUCGGUUUUCUAAAUCUUUCUAUAUGCUCGCCUUUCGAAACUGGUUGUGUCGACAAUCAGUGUUGGUGAGCGAUAGGAUCAAGAAAACGAUCGAUCACAUCAAGGUUAUCGCUUCCAGUCGCCCCCUUUCAAAUUAUAAUUUGUGCUUCUGUUUUCCCACAUGUCAUUCUUUUUCCCUCAAUGCUAUCUUACUGUGUUGUUUAGUAGUAUGCCAUCUCCAAAAAAUGAGAAAAACUGCAUGAAUGCGUAUAAUAUUAGAGAUCAAUUGACAGCAUUUACACGGACCUGUAUUUGUGUAGCACCAGUUGCUAUAAAAGUGUGUUACUAGUUGUUGUAGUUAAAUGUUUUUGAUUGAUGGUGAUAGUUGGAAACUUUGCCAGAUAAUAUAUUUAAUCUCUACCCGUUUUCAUUUUAGCCUACAAAGGGUCCAGUCGUUGGUGAUUUUAAUUACGGAAGAGGUCAACGGGGUGGGCGUAGCAGUCGCGGAAGACCUUAUUAGUAAUGAUACUAUUAUUACCUUGUCUUUUGUUGAUAUAUAUCACUCUUUACUUUCAUCAUUAUGAAUUUUAUUUCAGCUGGUUUAAACGUUUCUUUCUUUCCUUGUCAUAUAUGUACAAUGUUUUGUCUGUCCAUACUGAAUAAAAACGAAUAUUAUUACUUAAUGGAU